UUUUCACAGCAAACUAAAGGAGAGCGGGAGCGGGAGCGAGAGCGAGAGCGAAAGGCAGAGGCAGAAACAGAUUGAGAAAUAUGGGAGGGUGGGCUAUUGCAGUGCACGGUGGCGCUGGUGUAGACCCAAAUCUCCCUAAAGAACGGCAAGAUGAGGCUAACAAACUCCUCACUCGUUGCCUUAAUAUAGGCAUCUGUGCUCUCCGCUCUAACCUCCCCGCCAUUGACGUCGUUGAACUCGUUGUUAGAGAACUGGAAACUGAUCCUCUGUUUAACUCCGGGUGUGGAUCUGCUCUUACGGAGAAGAUAACAGUUGAAAUGGAAGCCAGCAUUAUGGACGGCCCAAAGAGGAGAUGCGGUGCCGUUUCCGGCUUAAGCACCGUUAAGAACCCUGUUUCCCUUGCCCGUCUUGUUAUGGACAAAUCGCCACAUUCUUAUCUGGCCUUCUCAGGUGCCGAAGAGUUUGCCAAGAAACAGGGCGUCGAGUUGGUAGACAAUGAAUAUUUCAUUACGGAAGAGAACGUGGGCAUGCUUAAGUUGGCAAAAGAGGCGAACUCGAUUCUGUUUGAUUACCGUAUCCCAACCAUUGGCACCUGUGGUGCGGGGGCACCCGUCAUGGACAGUCCUUUGCAGAUGAACGGGCUCCCCAUCAGCGUCUACAUCCCGGAGACAGUCGGUUGCGUUGUGGUUGACAAGGAGGGAGGGUGCGCUGCUGCCACCUCCACCGGUGGGCUGAUGAACAAGAUGACUGGAAGGAUCGGUGACUCCCCGCUGAUCGGGUCCGGUACCUACGCUUGCGAGCUGUGUGGGGUGUCUUGCACCGGGGAAGGGGAAGCGAUCAUCCGAAGCACCUUGGCGAGGGAAGUGGCGGCGGUGAUGGAGUACAAAGGGUUGAACCUGAACGAGGCAGUAGAUUUCGUGAUAAAGAAUAGGUUGGACGAAGGCAAAGCAGGGCUGAUUGCUGUUUCGAGGAAUGGAGAGGUUGCUUGUGGGUUUAACACCACCGGAAUGUUUAGGGGGUGCGCCACCGAGGAGGGGUUCAUGGAGGUUGGUGUGUGGUGAAUGUUUGCUCUCUUAUGGUUACAAUUAAAUGUAGUUUGUAAUUCAAAUGCCUUAAUAAUAAAGUACAACUUCAAUC